AUGGCUACAUAUCCGGCUCUCGCUCUCUCGACAUGGGGUCUGGUGAACCNGACCGCGUCAUCCUUACUCUCCGUCUUCCACCUCCUGAGUUUGACAUCUCCGGUGGCACCAAACCCUCCCAAACCACCUGUGCCUCCAGAUCCGCCGCCUGCUCUUUAUCCGUCGUUGUGGACCUCCAGCUCUUCCGCUGUUGAGAUCUCUUCAAGCGAAACUCUACCGGUUGCUCCGGUGGUCACCUCUGCGGAAAAACCUUCUCUACUGAGAACAAGAAAACCAUUGUUGUUGUUGCUAUCUUUCCUGCUCUGUCACGAAGAUUGCUCGUCUCCCUUGUCGGUGAAGGAAAUCCGGUUGUUUUGGUUGCCGGUGAGGAAAAUCCAGCGACCCUUGUCUCUGCACAUGGCCCACGAGUUUUGCAUCUAUGGGAGUUGCUCAGGCUGUGCGUCAAAGUUCCAAUAUCGUUACAACAAUAGAGUCAAGUCCGAGUAUAUAUCCGCCGUGUAUCUCGUCUCCGGCGGUGGCUCAAAAUCUCGCCGACGGUCUUACCGGGAAGUCUCCUCCGCUAGUCCAAUCCGUAAGCUCCUCUACUUUAGGUGGUUUAUUGGCCUGGUUUUUGAGGAUAAUAUAGAGAGUUUAGCCCAUGGUGUUUCCUUAGGAGAUUUUAAAUCCAUAAUCAAGCUAAGUUGUGAAAGGCAUUUACUUCACAUUGUGUUAGUGUCAUUGAUAGUGGCAAUAUCGGUGUCUAGUGCCAAGUUUUGGCAAUUUAGGAAUGAGUGUAAAACCAAGAAUUCUGAAACAUUGGUGACUCGAACUGAAGCUAGUGCGACUAUGUCACCGGCUUUGGAAGAUUGCAUAAGGACAAGUUCGGUGAGAUCCGAAUCCUUACAAGUGGUUCGAGCCUUAGCGUUAGGCUCGAAAGUGAAAGUUUUCAAACUAUAUGGUUUAGUCCAUGACUCUUCAUGUCUUUCCAAAAGAUGUGGAUCUAUCUUCUUAAGUGUUUAUUUAAUUCUCGCAAAAAAGGCAGUUUAUGUCAUUGUAACCGGAUCAUUUUAA